CCCGGGCAUGGCCCUGAGCCUGCGGGACGGCAUCUGCGUGUUGUAUGACUUGGAGCUGGAGCAGAUCCACAUUCGGCAAGAACAAGGGCAAGAAAAGAGCGCAGAAAGCAAGGAGACAGAGAAACCACCAGACACGCUCCUGAUGGAGAUUGACAGAGAUAAUGAUGCCAUUACAUUUGAAAAUAACAUCCAGCAACUGAGCCCAUCUGAAGAGGGGGAAGGAGAGAAAGUUUUUUCCACUGUUGGGCAAACAAAGAGUCAGAGCUGCAAAGGGGGUGAUGAUUUGUCAGACUUACUCAGUGAAAGUAAAGAACAGGAAUAUCCAACUGCAUCAGAACAAACAGUUGUAAGAAAUAUCAAGAAUCUAAAAUUUGAGGCCCAUGCUCCACAUCAGGAAAAAGGAGAAAAAGAAUGUUUCAACUGUUUUUUCUGCACGUUCACCUCAGUCAAGUUAUCAAGUCUUAGGCGUCAUUUGGAAACCCAUUCAGAUGAGAAACGUCACGUGUGUCACCUCUGCCCGAAGGCUUUCCGUACAGCAACUCUGCUGCAUAACCAUGUGAACACACAUACAGGGAACAAACCCCAUAAAUGCAGUGAGUGUGACACAGCAUUUGUGACCCGAGGGGAGCUUUCACGACACAGGAGGUACAAACACACUUUGGAGAAGCCUUUCAAGUGCACAGUAUGUGAAUACUCCAGUGUAGAAGCCAGCAAGAUGAGACGUCACGUUCGCUCGCACACGGGAGAGCGGCCCUACCCCUGUCACCUGUGCAGCUAUGCAAGCAAAGAUACCUACAAACUGAAAAGGCACAUGUUAACUCACACAGGUGAAAAACGCUAUGAAUGUUAUGUUUGCCAAACCAGAUUCACUCAAAGUGGUACCAUGAAAAUCCAUAUGUUACAGAAGCAUGGAGAAAAUGUGCCAAAACACCAAUGUCCACAUUGUAGUACUUUCCUUUCCCGAAAAAGUGAUUUGGGUGUCCACCUGAGGAAUCUGCAUUCCUACAUGGAAGAGGCAGUGAAGUGCAGGGACUGUGAGGCAGCUUUCCACGAGCGCUACGCUUUCCUUCAGCACAGGAAGACUCACAGGAAUGAGAAAAGAUUCAGAUGUGCUCAGUGCAGCUGCACAUGUAACCAGAGUAAUAUGUGUAAGCAUGCUGAAAAUUGUGGAUUGGUGAGGGCAAAAACUGCUACAUCCAGAAAAGGAAGCAAAGGCAAAAAUAAAAUCCAUGAGCACCCGAAGCGUGCUAACCCAGAAGUUGCCCUGAAAUCAUUCCAGGAUGACUCUACUGUGGAAAAUGAACAUUGUGCCGGUGAGAUUGUUCCUGUUUUAGAUGGGGCAGAAACAGCAACUCCUGGGGAGCACAGAACAGAAGCAACUUAUUAAAUGGAUCCUCAAAGUGAUGAACAAUUACUGCAUAAAGACACUGGUCUUCCUUGUUCUCAGUAGCUGUAACUGAGCAGUUCAAAGUGUGGAACUACCUCCAGUUGGAAAGGUAGAAAAGAUGAAGUUGGAAGCUGUUGAAGCCCUUCUGUGCUCAUGUUUCUUCUUGCUGCAGUUUCUUUUGUGUGGCCUAAAUGCCAUUGCAAAGUGUGGAAAAUAGAGGCAAUUUUCACCUGGUUUAUUACAUACCUGUAAUAACAGAAUGGGAAAAACCAGCUGAUUUCAAAAUCAUUUAUUGAAGAAUGGAUGUGUUGUUUCACCUUGCAUUCGUUUUUUUCCAGGUUUAUUCACAGAAUUGCAGACUGAUCUGAGGCAAAUUUCUCUCUCAGUAUCACUGAGAGCUGCCUGAAUUUCAGUGUUUAUACUUUGCUGAGGUGAGCACAUGAAAGGCAAUGAUUUUUUUGGUACAUUUACUAAAUCUCCUUUCUGGAAACACUUUAGUUUCUAGUGGAAUUCAUGAUGCAAUAGAAUGCAUGAUGCAAUUUUGUUGAAAAGCACCAUUUUUUAUGUCUCAUACUGCUGAUAAUUAGAAACUCAUCUUUUGUCUGAGUUUUUCUCAGCUCAUUUAGCUGGGCAGACAGAACUGCAUGGCAAAAAUGAAGCAGGAACGGGUGGCAGAGAAGUGUGGAGGACCCCCACAUUCUGGAAAUGUGAAACCUUCUGUGUCCUUAAGCUGACGCUGGGAUCUGUUUUCUUUGUCCCUCUAACCAGCCUUGCAAGUGUUCCCAUGUAAGUUUGCGAUCCUCCAUUUAGCACCAGAUCCAAGCCACACCCACGACUUUGAUUCUAAUUAGCUCUUCAAUGAAGCACAAUUGUGUUAUUUAGGAAAGUUCAUGUUUAUAGUAUACUUAAAAAUCAGAAAAAAAUGUAACUGUCAAAUACAAUUCUCUAACUUUACUUAGGUUAUAAGACCUACUGGGUUUAACUCUUAAUAAUUAGUAGAGUCAUUACAGUAAGUACUAUUAAUUUUCAUGAUCCAUUACAAUGAUCACAAUUGCCAUUUAUGCACUGUUCACACUUUUUUUUUGUCAUUUAUAAUUAAUACUUGGAAGCCUCCUCAUAAAAUCUUAAAUACUUUUUAAAUAUUCAUCUUUAAUGCUGUUAUUCUUAUGUUACAUUCCAUUAUAAAUAAGCACCAGCAUAACUAAAUAUUAUUAGGUCAUGAAACAACUAAAUUUAAUUGAAAUGCCAAACCUUCAUCCCAAUUUCAAGAUUAACAUCUAUGUUUAAGUUCAUUAUGGUGUGGAAUUUGACCAGUAUUAAAUGGUUUGGGUUUGCAUGUUGGGCAGGCUGUGGUUGCUGGUUCUGCUGCUGUGGUCAGGGACAGAGAAUUCCUGUGCUGUGCUGAGCUGCAGGCUCACAGCAACUGCAACUUCUAACUUCUUUUACUUUGAACGGCCUGUUAAAAAUUAAACUUUAAGUUUUUGCCAGUUAGUUUAUGAACGUCUUUAUCCUGUACAUGGUAAAGUGUCUAAAUACCUGUUCUAGGAUAACUUCUUUAAUUCAGCAGCUGUUCUGUGACCCAAAGCAGUGCCAGGAGCUUUAAGAGCCACAGUGUCCCCAGGAUCUCUGUGCUCGGGGUGAGCAGAUAAGGGAGGAUGUUGGCAUUAGCAGGAGAUAAUUGCAGUUUUACAGUAAAUAAACCCAUUUAGAGAGACCUCACCAAAAGCCUCACCUAGACCUUCCUCAAUCAUCUCUGUCAAACACGGGAAUUACCACUUUGGUAACAAAAACCUCCUUCAGUUUUGUAGCAAACCCUGAGGAAUCAGAGGGCUUGGAUUCAUUGAAAUUCUUCGUUGGUUUUAUCCCUCCAUUACAGAGCUGUUACUUCACUGUUUACACAGUUUCAUAUUGAUUGCUCUGUGCCUUUUUUCAUGCUGGUGAAAUUUCAGUAAGUUCAUUUGUUCUUACCAGUGACAGGACUUAAGAAUACUUUUUGUUCAUGAUAAUUGCUUAAAUAAUAUUGUUAACUUUAUUCUUGUUGUGCUGUUUCCAUUUGUGUUAUAAACUCUAAGCAGCAGAUUGCUUUGUGAAAAUUAAUUUUAGAAGUUGUUUAAAUUCUUUGAUCAAUUUGCUGAAUAUAUAUUGUUCAUUUGAAUUGUUAAUAACAAAGCUGAUUCAUUCUGUGCUGACAUCUAAAAAUCAGACUACAGAGAGUGGAAUGUGAAUGUAGUAAUAAAAGAUAUUUUUAUCUCUGAACUUUCAAAUUAUUAUUUCUGUAGCUAGAAGCUAUAAAUGUGUCAUUUUGGAAAUCAAGAAAGAAUGCUUUGACCUCCUCAGGAACCAUUCCUAAUGGCCUUAUGCUUUUUAACAGCAGUGAUUGUUCUUCAUGAUUGAGAAUUUGCAUAACUAUGCAAAUAUUUGCAUCACUAUUCUGAUUUCUAUUUUACGAAGAUAACUUAAUUUCAUUACAUUACCUAUU